AUGAGAUUUGGCAUGAGAGUGUUCAGCAUCGUUUGUACAAUAGAUUUUAUGUUCAUCUUGGCGCAAAAUGGGAAAUGUGUUUACUUGAACUAUUCAGGUAGAGAUGGAAAACAGGUUCUUAACGAGAUAUUCGAUAGAAUGACGAAAGGAGAAAGAAUCACAAAACUCAACAUCAGCGGAAAUAAGAUAGACAGGCUGCCGCCAUACUUCGAAAGCCUCUCAUUCAUGAAGGUACUUGAUGUUAGCAACAACGGAUUGAAAUAUCUAUCUAAUUCAAUAGCCGGAAUGCCACUGCUAGUAAGCUUAAAUCUCAAUGGUAAUAGCCUUAUCUUCCUUCCAAAGGAGAUAACGGAACUGAAACAUCUGGAAAGUCUAAGCAUCAGAGAUAAUCAGCUGCAGGCAAUACCUGAAAAAAUAGAUGACAUGACCAGCCUAGUUGACCUGGAUCUGGCGAACAAUAAACUCGACACAUUGCCAUUUGGAAUGGGUGCAAUUGAAAAUCUAAAGAGACUCAAUCUUGGAGGAAAUCUGUUCAGCACAUUUCCUCCAAUACUCGGUUAUCUAGAAAACAUAGAAGAAAUCAUCUUCACUAGAAACAAGAGAUUAAGAAAAAUCCCGAGAAAGUUGGUUAAAAUGCUUGCUGACAGCAAGACAUUGCUUUUGCUAGACAUGCGGGAGAAUAAUCGGCUAAGGGAAGAAAGUACAGAAGAUAACGUUGGCUGGAAAGAACUAAAGGAGAUUUUUGGAAACAAAAUAAGGCUCUCGCAGGAUGAGGGGUCUAAUUGA